AAUCUCGCUGGAUCAAAUCCCUCGCGCGCUUCCUGUGACGCGUUAAUCCACUUGUUGAGCGGAAGAGGAGGAGGAAGUUUUAAUCUUCGACAACACAACGCGUCUCGUAUAAUGUCCGUUUGAUAGCGCCGGGGGGAGCCGUGAACCGACCCGGCGGGAGGGCGAGCACCAUGUUCGGCUGGAGGGCAGCCGGUGUCCUCGGGGCCUCGGCCGCUGCAGCGGGAGGCGUCGCGUACUUCGUCUGGAGCCUCGCGACGACGACGACGCCUGACACCGGGCCCGCGGAGGAGGGCGGUGGAAGUCCCGCUCGGGAGGCAGAAGACAAGGAUGAGGAGGAGAGGGAGGAGAGUGAGGAGGCGACGGCCGGACAAACUGUCGCGGGCGAAGACGCCGAGUCGCCUGUUGCUGCGGACGAGUCCAGGCCCGGCAAGUCUGGGAGGACGCAGGUUCUGGUUCUGGGUCUGGACGGAGCCGGCAAAACCAGUCUGCUGCACCGCCUGGCCUCGGGCGGCCUGGAGCAGGACAUGCAGCCGACUCAGGGCUUCAACGCCGUCUCCAUCAACAGGGAGGACAUGCACGUGGAGUUCCUCGAAAUUGGCGGUAAAGAGGAGCUGCGACCGUACUGGCAGAAGUACAUGUCCAGGGCUCUUCUGCUGGUGUUCGUUGUCGACUCCUCCAGCCCACAGCUCUUCUCUGUCGCCAAGAGACACUUACACGAGCUGCUGACCUCUGACCCCAGCCUGCCUUUAAUGGUGCUGGCCAACAAACAGGAUCUCCCGGGCGCCUGCAGCAUCACCGACCUCCACGACGCCCUGUCCCUGUCCGAGGUCGGGGACCGCAGGUUGUUCCUCAUCGGGACCCACGCGAAGAAGAAGGCGGAGCUGAGCUCGGGCCUUCAGGACGCUCGGGACCUGAUCGUCCAGAUGGUCUGUGAGGGCAGAUGAGUCGGUCGCCGGUGGUCGACGCUUAAUCCUGUGGGUUUUUUUGUUAAAAUUUAAAAAGGUUCUUUGCACUUUACACCAGGCUUGCUGAAACUCGUACUCUAUUUAUUUGUGAGAAAAUUGUUUCGGUACGUUACAGUUGGGUUUAAAGAGCAUUUUAGUUUCACCUCCACCAAAUGACCACAUCUGAUUGAUAACUUUUUUUCCCCCCAGACAGAUCUGGGAAAUCUUAUCUUUUCAAAUUUCAUUCUUGCCAAAAAAAAAUUAUUUUAGUUCAAAUGUUUUCACUUUACAAGACUGUUACCGAUUGCUAUUAAUUCAUGACUUAAACGUCACACUGUAGAUGAUGAUGAUGAUACACGAGCAACAUGUGCUGCCUUCAGUGAAUUCAUUUCCAUCUCAGGACAUCUGAGCUUUAUCACCAGCAACGAGCCAACCGUUCGUCAGCAUCGUAGUUUUUCUUUCUUUUUCUUGUGCGUGAAAACGAAAAUGUAAGAGUACGCUUGUAACAUCCUAAUAUUUUUACUAAUUAGAACGUUAUCAUAAUCUUAUUCAUGCGUCAUUAUCUGGAAAAAUACCUCAACAAAGAGACCUAAAGAGGUCACGGUUCCUACGCAGUACGGAAAAAGAUACAUUUGCCCAAAAUGACUGAGUUUAAAUAUCAAUAUUUUAAUCUGAGAAUCAGUCCCAGAACAGGUGAUGCCGGAAUUGGAGGCAUUAAUAUUUCAAUAUCAAGACGCACGUGAACAUCACAAUCAACUUUCUGGAGAAACCGUGACUUUCUAUGUGUGAAGUGCAACAUGAGAGCAGCAACACAGUCAUAAUGUAAUAUGUUGAAUUUUAAAAUUAUUUACUUAAUAAACAUCUACAACAGCUAUUUUUUUUUACUCGGAUUUCAAAUGUGGUCCGAAAAAAAAUCUACAGAGAAGCCUGGAAAUUUGAGUCUGGAAUUCUGGAAUGGAAAAUGUGUAGGAACCCUGAAAGCUGCACUGGGCAGGAAAAUAAACAUAUCAUGCUCCGACACCAACUGACCGUUAACAAUAAUUUUAUAUUUGGUCUCAUUAAAUCUGUGCGAUCGCCAAAAUUUCAAGCACAAAAAUGAACUUUUCAGAAUAAGUAGUUAAACUCCCGGGACACGUCGACGGGCUUUCUGUUGUGCCGUUAAUAUUUUUGAAUAGCCACAGUUGUUGAAUGUCUAAAUAACACAGCUGUUUAUUGGAGUGGUUGCUCCAGUAAUCUGUCGUUUUAUUUUACUUUGACACUACAUGAUGUGAGUGUUGGUUCACAGCUUUAAAAGCACAGUGUCUGUCAUCUUUGAAAAUAAAAUGGUGAUUUACUGGGAGGGUUUUUUUGCAAAGAGAAUUUAAACCACUUAUGUUUUUGAUAAUAUUUCUGGGAUGAGCUUCAUGUGUUUUUGCCGAUCAAAGCUUUUUUUACUCCUUAUUUUUUGGGGGAUAGAGGUGAACAAUGUUGUUGAAUAGCCUUCAUAUGUACAGAUUUCUAAGAGCACUUUUAGGGAGGAAAAAAAAAGUCAAAAUUCCAUCUCAGCUUUUACCAAUGUCCCUUUUUAAGUAUUGUAUGAAAAGAUUUUUUCCCCCCAGUUUGAUAGUCUCACGCUAUAAACUGUAAGGAUUAAAAAAAAUUGUUCUUCCGGCUCUGCGCUGGAUCUCGUUCGGUUUGUGGACGAGAUAUUAAAGGGCCAAGAUUCAGCAUUUCAGACAUUUGAGAAUGAUAUAGAAACAUCUAGCGACGCGUCUACUUAAUUUUGAACUUUGUAUAUCUCCCACUUAGUUAUUUUAUUAUAUCAUAUCUUUUUAUCAUUUACAUAUCAAAAUAAAUGUGCCGAAGCUCAAAGUCUGAAUUAGAAAAAAAAUUUAAUAAUCUUCAAAAUCCGUUGGUCAUGUUCUAGACUGUAUACACUGUUUUUCAUAUUUAAAUAAAAACAUUUACAGUAAA